AUUGCGCUGGAUAACCCUGGAACAGGGCGUAAUUGCUAAAGAAAAAUGAAAGCCGAACUUUUCGUUUUUUAGUUUUUUAUGCGUGAAGUAGUAAUGUGAUUGGCAAUUGUCGCGUUACUCGAAGUAUAGUGAUAAUUGAACAGGUGGCACGCCGUAUCGCCCAAGCUAUUUGUAAUGUGAACCUCUCGAUGACAACACGAACGGUCUACUCUGAUUUCAGUGAGCCUAGGCCUUAAGCGUUUGUUCCGCUUACUUGGAAAUUAUCACUGCUUCUUAAACGCCGCUGGUAGCUUGCAUUGAUAUAGAGCAAGACAAGAAAGCAAGGUCGGAAGUGGACCCCAACAAAAACGAUGUUUUGGUGGUGAUUCACGUGCUAAUAGAGCAGAACAAAGUCGGGAAAGAACAUCACAAGGACUGCCCAAGAAGUUUCCAGUUGCAGGGGUGAAGCAUGUUGUUCUGGUGGCAUCUGGAAAAGGUGGUGUUGGGAAAUCCACUACUGCAGUAAACUUGGCUUUGGCUCUUUCUUUGCAUGAAACGAAGCCCACUGUGGGGCUGCUCGAUGCAGAUGUCUAUGGACCCUCCAUUCCACGCAUGAUGAACCUGAGUGGUGAACCAGAAUUGACACAACAAAACCUCAUGAAACCGCUGGUCAAUUAUGGGAUUAAGUGCAUGUCUAUGGGGUUUUUGGUCGACAACAAGAUGCCUAUUGUGUGGCGAGGACUUAUGGUCAUGUCUGCCAUUGAGAAACUGCUUAGGCAGGUAGCAUGGGGCCCAUUAGACUACCUUGUUGUUGAUAUGCCACCAGGAACAGGAGACACGCAGCUUUCCAUCUCCCAGAACAUUCCAGUGUCAGGGGUCGUUGUAGUGACUACACCUCAGGAGAUUGCACUUAUCGAUGCACGUAAGGGAGCUGAGAUGUUCCGAAAGGUCAGCGUGCCUGUCCUUGGGCUGGUGCAGAAUAUGAGUCGGCUAGCAUGUCCAAGCUGUGGCCACGAGUCGCACAUAUUUGGAAAGGACGGUGCCACCGAGCUUGCGAAAGAGAUGGCACUUGACAUUUUAGGUAUGUUGUUGCUUGCCAUGUCUUUGCAUCACUCUGUGCAGUUAGAGGCAGCAGCUGCAUUCUACAGUAGCAUGCAUGUGUGUUACAAACAUCAGCUGUGUGAGCAAUUAUGGUUGGAAAAUGAGUGAUCUACAGUAGAAUGC